AGAAAAGCAGGUGUGUUAUGAUUGUGUGCGUUGCUUUGGCUAUUUGUGCUUAGCUGUGUUUAAAUGUAGACGAAAAUUAAAAAAUACCCUAUCCCAUGAUGGACGAAUCAAUUUAUAAAGAAAAAUAUCAAAAGUACAAAUUACGUGUCAAAGUAUGGGAAAAGGAUUUCAAGAAGAAGCGCGGCCGUGUGCCCUCAAAGUACGAUAUAAGAGAGGCCAGUCAGGAAAUACGUGACUCUUACAAGAUGUAUUACAAAUUGAAGACAUCGUUUCUUGAAGAGACGUUGAACGAUGUGCUCUGCGAGGAUGGAUUCGAUGUGAUGGAAAUGACCCAGUCGGAGGACCUGGGCGUCACUUUACUAGACCAGAGCACCGAAACAGAGAGCGUCAAUGGUGGUCCACAGUUGCCAUUGGACAUUGCAGCGCUGAUGCAACAAAGCAACGACAACUCCUUCUCGAACAUCAAGGAGUUGCCCACGCCACAAGCUCUGACGAAUGUUAUCAAUCGGGAUGAAUAUGAUGUAAUACGCAAAUUUGAGGCCGUCGAAGAGCUGGCACAGAACAAGAGUGCCUGGGGUGAGAAUGUGAGCAAACAGCAGCCCGUUCUGCCAGUAGCAACGUCGCCAACCGAGUCCGCCAAGCCGAAGACGCCCUGCUUGAAGGCGAGUGUCAGCAGCAAACUUUUUCAGUCAACGCGCAGCUUUGCCAAGCGCAAUCCUCGCAAACCGCUCUCUCGAGACGCCCUCAAUUUGAGUGCCGCCAGUUCAAUGGCAGGCACAGUUGGUGAUCAAGCAGAGCAGUUGCCUGAUCUAGAGACCAUACUCAUACGCAAGGCCCAGGAACACAAGGCAGAAGUGAUUGCAGCCAAUGCUCUACUGGUUACCGAUCACAAAGGAACGUCGAAGGACCCCAUUAAAACGCAAGUGGAUGAAGGUUGGCUUCAACGCAACACGGCCCAAAAUUCGCUGGAGCAGCCAAAGAAACUGCCAAGCAAGGAGUCCAACAACAAUUCAACCCCAGCUAAAAAAACUAACUAUGGCUUGUCCAAUUUAGAUUUAAGUAAGUUAAAGGCAAAAAAUUCCCCACUGCCAAUGCCCUUAGAGGAGCCAAAGCCAGCAGAUGCAGUUGAAAGGCUACAGGAAUUGCCUCCAGUUUCAGCUUCAGCUCCUAUUCAAGCUCCAAUUGAAGCUCUUAUGGAAGCAGACUUCGAUUCCAAUUCCGAUUCUGUUGUGGCCGACAGCGAAGAGGAAACAGAACUGCCGGAGUACAGGCACAUAGCAAAGCGACGUCGCAUUAUGCCCACCAAUGAAUCCCCAGCAACGGUGCCCGAAGUGAAUCCUCAUCCAAAUGAACCCGAAGCGAAUGCUGAAUGUGGCGAGGGCAAAGAUUUCUCAGCGGAUGAUGAUGGCGAUGCCAACUAUGAACCAGAGCGCAAGCAGGCCACAGCCAAAAGACAGAUACCGAAACCAGAAAAGAAACCAAAACUGGAGAAGCCAGCAAAGCCGAAAGGCACCAAAGCCGUGAAACAGAAAGUCGAGAAGGUUGCCAAGCCAAAAGUGACAAAGGCAAAAGCCAGGUCCAAGGCGGCUGCGAAAACAACUAAAGCUGCUGCUGCUGACCAACCUGAGGCCACGGAGCAGCCAUUAAACCCCAAAGAUCUCAAAUAUCUGCUAGCUCUCGAGUCGGGUGAUAUAACCUGCGUGCCACGUAUUAAGCACGACGAGCUAGAGCAAGCAGACGAGACAGCACAGCGAUACAUUAGCAACUUUGCAAUAGAAGCUGCUGCCGCAUCAUCCUCCUCCUCCUCCGCCGCCGUCACAUCUGCUUCGCUGAAUGAGAAACGCACUGCUGCACGCCUAAAGUUGGAGGCGAAGGUCGCAGCGGGCAAGCUGAAUGAAAACUUUGUUACCAUCAACAUACAGAAAAAGAAAUUUUCGCGUGGCAAAAAGACCGUAAACUUUAGCAAAUACAAGAAACAGCAAUGGAGGCAGAAGAAGCGAGUGGCUGCCCUAGCGGGUCCCGACAUGGAUAUGGGCGGUUGCGAUGGAGGUGUCUUGACCUGCUUCAAUUGUGGCCAAGUAGGGCAUUUUGCACAGCAGUGCAAGAUCAAGGGCGACACACUCUUGCCCCUGAGCGCACAGAUGGAGGAGGAUCCGUCGCCAUUUCCCACACUUGCCGAGGCCGAGAUGAUGGCCACACAGGGAGCCAUCGCGGCUCACAGCCGCAACAUUGAACGCCUACCUCAGGCAGCCAACACAAAUGCCAUUUAUCAGCAUGUUGACUCCAGCAGCAGCAGUGAUGAGGAGGAGAAGGCUGAGCUUGGCGAGAACUCCCCUGCAGAGCUCAACAUGUCUAGUGAUGGGGACGACAUUGACUUCGAAGCCUUAGAUGCAGCCGUUGAGGCAGCAGAAGCAAAAAAAAGUGAAUCACCCAUUAAGAGCUAUGUGGGUCAUAAGAUACCGGAGGAGUUUCUCAAGCAAGCUGGCCUGGAUGCCAGCAACUCGAAUGGAGGAGGAGCUCCGCGUACUCAGCAUGGAGGUGUGCAGCCUCUCUACGAGCUCAAAGCGGAUGGCAGUUUGCAGGACGUGACAGCCGAGGUCAACGAGGCCCUGCACAUGUUUGGACACAGCAGCUUCCGCAAAGGUCAGGAUCGUGCAGUGAUGCGCAUACUCAGUGGAAUGUCAACAUUGGUCACCCUCAGUACGGGCAGUGGCAAAUCCUUGUGCUAUCAGCUUCCCGCUUACCUUUACAGCCGCCGUCUGGGAGCCAUUACAUUGGUUAUCUCACCGCUGGUCUCGCUCAUGGAGGAUCAAGUGACGGGCGUGCCGCAUUUUCUGCGUGCCCAUUGCCUGCACACAAAUCAAACGCCACAGCAACGGCUCAAGAUUCAACAGCUCAUAGCCAAUGGCGAGAUUGACAUACUUCUCGUCUCGCCAGAGGCUGUGGUCUCGGGGGAACGUGCCACGGGCUUCGGUGCCAUAUUACGACAGUUGCCGCCCAUCGCAUUUGCCUGCAUCGAUGAGGCGCAUUGUGUGUCCCAGUGGAGCCAUAACUUUCGUCCCAGCUAUCUGAUGAUAUGCAAAGUGCUCAAAAAAAAUCUGGGCGUGCAGACGGUGCUCGGUCUGACCGCCACAGCGACGUUGCCUACACGCACCAGCAUCAUCAACCAUUUGGGCAUACCGGAUGGAGAAAAUGGUAUUAUAACCGAUAUACCCUUGCCCGACAAUCUAAUACUCUCCGUGUCCAAGGAUGAGAAUCGCGAUGCAGCACUGCUGCAGUUGCUCAACAGUCAGAGGUUCGAGAGCUGCCAGUCGAUCAUCAUCUACUGUACGCGUCGUGAUGAAUGCGAGCGUAUUGCUGGUUUCAUAAGAACCUGCUUGCAGGAGAAGAAAUCUAAUCCAGCACCAGAUCAGACGAAGAAGAAACGGAAGCGUGUUAAUUGGCAAGCGGAGCCUUAUCAUGCGGGCAUGCCUGCUUCGCGACGUCGCACCGUACAAAACGCCUUUAUGGGCAACGAGCUGCGUAUUGUGGUGGCCACCAUUGCGUUUGGUAUGGGCAUCAAUAAGCCCGAUAUUCGAGCUGUUAUCCAUUAUAAUAUGCCGCGGAAUUUCGAGAGCUAUGUGCAGGAGAUAGGACGCGCUGGCCGCGAUGGCCUGCCUUCGCAUUGUCAUCUCUUCUUGGAUGCCAAGGGCGGAGAUCAGAACGAGCUGCGUCGACAUGUGUAUGCUAAUUCCAUCGAUCGCCAUGUCAUACGCAAACUGCUGCAGCGCAUAUUUGUGCCCUGCUGCUGUGACAAGCAGCUAGAGAAGAACGCUGUGGAGAUUAAUACUGCGUAUGAGGCAGGUACACGGGUGCAUGUCUGUCCCGGACAUGAGAUUGGCUUCUCGGUGGAGCAGACAGUCGAAGCGUUAGAUAUACCCGCCGAGAAUAUAUCAACGUUGCUCUGCUAUAUGGAGCUGGAGCCACGCUGGUGUAUGAAUGUGCUUAGCUCGGCGUAUAUCAUGGCCAAGGUGAUAUCCUACGGUGGUCCCAAGUAUCUGAAACAUGCCGCCAAGGAGUGCCCUCCCCUAGCUAUGGCCAUUGCGCUGCAGAUAAAGAACAAAACUUUUAAGGAGGAUGCAAACAUCAUAGAGUUCUCCGUCAUAGACAUAGCGGCGGGCAUUGGCUGGAACAGCGGUGUGGUUAAGUAUCAGCUAAAGAACCUGGAAUGGAUGCAGAUCAAUGGUUAUCCAAAGCGUUCGCCCAUCUCAGUCAACUUCUUUGAUCUGGGCUUUCGCAUCAAGGCGCCGGGAGAUUUCACAGAAGCAGAAAUUGAUGAUGCCCUCGACACGUUGUACACUCGAUCAGUUAAGCAGGAGCGCACUCAGCUCAUCCAAUUGCAGUAUGUGGCACAUGGUUUGUCUGCCGUGGCCUACAGUUCAUGCGCACAAUGCAGCAGUGCGGACUUUCCCCAGGAUCGCUGCACACAACUGAAAGGCAUAGUACGCAACUAUUUCCGCAACGAUUAUCCACAAGACUUGGAGCUAGAAAUUCAGCCCAGCAAUGUGCCUGAUGAUUAUAUAAUAGCUGAUGUUCAUGCUUUGAUCAACAUGUAUCCAGACAAUACAUUCAGUGGGCGCAACAUAGCACGUCUGUUCCAUGGUAUAUCUAGUCCAAAUUAUCCAGCCGUCAUGUGGGGCCGCUGCAAGUAUUGGCGUGCUCACACCAAAGUUGAUUUCAAUCGCAUACUCAAAUUAGCCAACAUGGAAAUUGUUAAGCGCCGCACGUGAUAAAUAUGUUUUCGAGACUCAAUGUUAAUAUUUUAAUUAAAUGUUG